AUGACUAUUCUGCAAUUAACUUUAGUUACUUUUAUGUGCUGGAUAAGUCUUGGUCAUGGCAAUGGAAAUGAAAAGAUUUCCUCAGACAACAUCACUCGCAUUUUGGACAGACUUUUGGAUGGGUAUGACAACAGGCUGCGGCCAGGAUCAGGAGGUGGAGUGACGGAGGUGAAAACAGACAUCUUUGUCACCAGCUUCGGACCUGUUUCAGAUGUUGAGAUGGAGUUCACCAUGGACAUGUUCUUCCGUCAGAUGUGGGUGGAUGAGCGGCUAAAAUUUGAGGGCCCAACUGAGAUCCUCCGUCUGAACAACAAGAUGGUGGAUAAGAUCUGGACCCCAGACACUUUCUUCCGCAAUUCCAAGAAGUCCAUUUCUCAUAACACGACCACACCAAACAAACUCUUCCGCAUCAUGCAGAAUGGGACAGUCCUCUACACCAUGAGACUCACAAUCAGUGCAGAGUGUCCAAUGAGACUGAUGGACUUCCCCAUGGAUGGCCACACCUGUCCUCUAAGAUUUGGAAGCUAUGCCUACACAAGCAGUGAAAUCAUGUUUACUUGGAGGAAGGGGCCAAUAGCAUCCGUUGAUUGUCCCGCAGAGUCCAUAAGUCUUCUGCAAUACGAUCUGGUGCGGAACACUUUGUCCAGCGAGAUAUUCAGAUCUAACACAGGUCACUACUCUGUGCAGGUGGUCUACUUCCACCUCCAGAGGAAGCUGGGUUACUACCUCAUACAGACGUACAUCCCUCUUAUAAUGGUGGUAGUGCUGUCUCAAGUCUCUUUUUGGAUCAACAAAGAGUCUGUUCCUGCACGAACAGUCGCUGGCAUCACCACAGUGCUGACCAUGACCACCUUAAGCAUCAGCGCUCGUCAGUCACUUCCCAAAGUAGCUUAUGCCACAGCCAUGGACUGGUUUAUUGCUGUGUGUUUUGCCUUUGUGGCGUCGGCUCUCAUUGAGUUUGCAGCAGUGAACUACUUUGCAACCCUUCAGGCCCAUAAUCUAAAGAGGAAGAAAACAAGACAGGACAAGCCAGAAGUGUUGGCCAGAACCCCUGAUGAUGGUGAAACUGUUUCGUCGGACAGCAGCCCUCAAGAAGGCCUGAAGAAGAGAAACCAUUCAAUGGCUCGCAGUGAGCUAGGAGAUGCUCCUCAACUGCCCAUCUUCCUCCAGCAAGGCUCAGCUUUUCCUCAAAUCCCACAGCUGGCCGGCACCAGCCCCAUCGACCAGUACUCCCGCAUCCUCUUCCCCCUGGCGUUCGCCCUGUUCAAUGGGUUCUACUGGUACAUCUACCUGGCCAAGGACACCAUGGAGCGGGCCAGGGAUGUGGAGGUUCAAAUCUAA